AUGGCCACCGAACAAGCGCGACUCGAUAACCCCGAUGUGCCCAAGGGCAGGAAGAGCUUUGUCCCUCUCGAGAACAACCCGGAGGUGAUGAAUGCACUCGUGCACAAGCUCGGCCUGUCCACGAAACUCGCCUUCCACGAUGUCUUCAGCAUCGACGAGCCAGAGCUCCUCGCUUUCGUUCCUCGCCCGGCGCACGCGCUGCUCCUCAUCUUCCCGGUCAGCGAGACGUACGAGAAAUUCCGCCGGGACGAGGAUUCCGCAAAGUCCGAGUACGAAGGUUCCGGGGAGGGCGAGCCCGUUGUUUGGUACAAGCAGACCAUCGGCAACGCGUGCGGCCUGAUUGGGCUGCUUCACGGCGUGUCUAACGGCAAAGCCCGCUCGCACAUCGAGCCUGACAGCGACCUCGCGAAGCUCCUUGCCAGCGCCAUUCCACUCAAGCCGGCCGCCCGUGCGGACCUUCUCUACGAAUCGCAAGCGCUCGAGAGCGCGCACCAAUCGGCGGCUUCGGGCGGCGACACGGCUGCCCCAGAGGCGGAUGCUGCGGUCGACUUGCACUAUGUCUGCUUCAUCAAGUCCGAGGAUAACCGGCUGUGGGAGAUGGACGGAAGGCGCAAGGGUCCGCUGGAGAGAGGCGUGCUGGGCGCUGACGAGGAUGUGCUGUCGGAGAAGGCGCUGAACCUCGGCGUGCGGAGCUUCCUGAAGCGCGAGCAGGAGGCAGGAGGCGGCGAUCUGAGAUUCAGCUUGAUCGCCUUGGCUCCCAGCUUUGACUGA